AAAAAAAAAAGCGCCGUAUUUGAACAAACAGAUGUGGUUGGUGCCACCGGUGACAACAGCCGCUUUUCAUAUCCGCGGCAUGAAUUCAAUCCUCCCAACCAUUUUCAUUAUCUGUUAAAACAUCUGCGUAAACAUAUCACAUUUUCGCUGACUACAUUGAAACUCUCUGAGGCAUCUGGUCAAGCCCCCAACUGCGGUACACUAGCAAGCUAUGCCCUCAAUUCUACCGGUGGCUCAGGCAACACACCCAGAACCUGAGAAACUAGCUUUGCUUAUUGAUCAAAGCAAAAACGUCAGACGUCUGAAACAAAUCCAAGCAGUGCUUAUCCGUCGUGGCCUUGACAGCUAUCCGGUCUUAAAUCUCAAGCUCCAGUGUUCCUACUCUUCGCUUGGACGUGUUGAAGACUCUGUGGCACUAUUUAACCUUACACCGAAUCAUGAUGUUUUCUUUUACACGGCCAUAAUUCGGGGCCAUGCCAAAAAUGGCCUCCAUGAACAAGCUCUUAAUUUUUAUAAGCAAAUGCUGAUUGAAGAAAUAGAGCCGAAUGCAUUUACCAUGUCUAGUGUCCUAAAAGCUUGUACACUGGAAACUGGAAAAGUGCUCCAUUGCCAUGCUCACAAGUUGGGGCUUGUCUUGAAUAGUUAUGUCAGAACUGCUCUCAUUGACAUUUACGCAAGAGGUGGGAACAUUGUCUUGGCCCGUAGACUCUUUGACUCGAUGGUGGAGAGGAACUUGGUUACUUUCACUUCGAUGAUUACUGGAUAUGCAAAGAAUGGGAAUAUUGAUGAGGCAAGGACAUUGUUUGAUGAAAUGGAAGAAAGGGACGUGGUGAGUUGUAACGUCAUGAUUUAUGGUUAUGCUCAACAUGGAAGGUCGAAUGAGGCCAUAGUUCUCUUCAGGCAGAUGUUGAAGGCUAAGCUGAAACCCGAUGAAGCUACCAUGGUGGCAGUUCUCUCUGCAUGUGGUCAGGUAGGAGCACUGGGAUCAGGCCAGUGGAUUCAUUCUUACCUUGGCUAUCAAGCUACUUUGAAUUGUCGGGUGGGGACUGCUCUGGUCGAUAUGUACAGCAAAUGCGGAAGUUUAGGGGAUGCUAGGAAAGUGUUUGAUGAAAUCAAAGACAAAGAUGCUGUUGUUUACAAUGCAAUGAUCGGAGGAUACGCUAUUCAUGGAUUUGCACAAGACGCGAUGAAGCUGUUCAAGGAAAUGUCUGAGAUGGGACUCCACCCCACGGACAUAACCUUCAUCGGCGUUUUGAGCGCUUGUGCACACUCUGGGUUGGUUUCUGAGGGCUGGGGUUAUUUUAAUGCGAUGAAAGAUAGAUAUAGCAUUCAACCAAAGGUAGAGCACUACGGAUGCAUGGUGAAUCUUCUAGGUCGAGCUGGACGCCUAGAAGACGCGUACGAACUGGUGAAGAGCAUGAGCUCAGAUGGCGACUCUGUUUUAUGGGGAGCAUUGCUCAAUGCAUGUAGGCUUCACAAGAACAUUGCUUUAGGAGAAAAGGUUGUGGAGUUCCUUGUGCAACGUGGUCUUGCAAAUUCAGGAACGUACGUCCUCCUCUCCAACAUAUACGCUGCUUCAGGAAAUUGGGACGGGGUGACAAGAACAAGGGUUAUGAUGAAACAAAGUGGGGUUCAGAAGGAACCGGGGUGUAGCUCAGUUGAAGUGAACAACAAGGUACACGAGUUUCUUGCUGGUGACACGAAGCAUCCUAAGAGGAAAGACAUUUACGCGAUGCUGGAAGAGAUGAACGAGUGGCUUAAGGCUCACAGGCAUACCUCACAGACAAAGGAAGUUUUACACAACAUUGACGAGGCUGAGAAGGAGCGGUCACUUGAAGUUCAUAGCGAGAAGCUUGCGCUUGCAUUUGUUCUUAUUAGCACAAAACGAGGAACCCCAGUCAAGAUUGUUAAAAACCUCCGAGUUUGUCCAGAUUGUCAUGCUGUGAUGAAGCUUGUGUCGAAGAUCACUGGAAGGACGAUCAUUAUGAGGGAUCGCAACAGGUUUCAUCAUUGUGUAGAUGGUAUGUGUUCUUGUGGUGACUACUGGUGACUUAUUCUGUUCAUUUCACAAUUAGCAGAACUCACAACAGAAGAAAAAAGAAAUAAAGAAUUUGUAUUAAGCAAAUUGAUGUUUCCCCUAUCUAAUCCACCCUGAUUAAAUCUUAACUAAUUGGAUUUAAUCAAGUGUUUGCCUCUAACAUGAGGAUGGCUUUGAAGUAACCUCAUCUUCCUCAUAACCAUCUGAAUUGGUGUAAAAUCUAUCAAGACUGGUCUCAGAAUCAAUACCCUGCAAUAGAGAGACACAUAGUGAGUAACCUGAUAUUCACCAUCCCAAGCUUCAAACACUCUCGCAGUCGCAGAGUCCCUAAACUUCUGUUUGUAGGCGGCGAGCAGCCUCACAAUCAAGAAACGAGUGCGCUUCUCCAGCUCGCCUUUCCUCAGCAGGAUGGAGAAUUCAGCAAGGAUCUCCUUCAGUUUCUGCGGGGAGACAUCCAGUAACAAAGAGCCGCAUUGCCAGCAGAAGCUCACGGCGACUUCAACCUUGUCAGGAGCAGUAACACGUCCAGCGCCAGAAUCUCGUGAGCGACUCUCUGGUUGACGAGCUGGACUAGGAAUGUUGACGUAGUCAGCAUUUGCUUCUUGUCUCUGCGGUUAUGCGCGGCUCUUUUGACGAGCAGGUGUCCGACUUGGGGGAGUUCAGAGUUGAUUACGGCGAGUAGACGUUGGACGACUCUGGGGGUUCAGACUGCGUUUUGAUUACGGCCUGACAGAAGAGGCCUCUUCAUGUUCUCGCUGAGGAUUCGACCUGCCACGGACUCGAAAUUGGAAGCGUUGGCCUUUUCGACGUUCUUUUCUUCAUGGAGAGCCACUCUGAUUCUGUGAGCGCUAUGUUCUCGUCGAGAGUAACUGCAGACUGCAUCGAAUUCAUUGAUGGAGCGUCGUUGUCUGUGUGUCUGUAGCAGAGAGAUUUGAUUGGAUAGUUGGAGUACUUAUAGGAGGGGAUUUCUGUUUAUUCUGUUUAUGUUUGGGCUGCAAGCAUCAGGAAUCCCGGAGACUUUUGAUAUUUAUAUUAUUUGAAGAUUUUU